CCGCUCGCCCGAGACCGGAAGCGGAAGCCGUGGGAGGACCCGGGUGGUUCUGCUCGGUGUCUGCCGUUUUCUCGGCACGGACGGGAUUCCCGUGGACGUGCGGCAUAAGGGGCGGGACGCGACAAGAAAAGCAUCCAUGGAGCUCAGGUUUGAGUUGAAACCAGGCUCAAGGUCCGCCUGUCCUCGCUGAUCGUGGAUUUCUGUGUGAACAGUGCUUUUGGAGUUCAGGCGGGCUUCGCUGAAAGGUUCUGGCUCAGGACAUUGAUGAAGUUGCAGGAGGAUAUCCGCUGGGACUGCAGUCAUCUGAAGGCUCGACUGGUGCUGAAGGACUCACCUCCAAGAGCCCUGUCCUGAGUGCUCCGUGGGGACAAGAGGAGGAGUGUCCUGGUUCUCCACUGCCCUGUUGGUCAGGAAGAUUUAGCGCCUUCAUCACAGGAUGGCGGCCAUGGUUCUGUCCCCCACUUGUGCUCAGUCUCCCCUGUACCCAGCCUCUCCUCAAAAAGGAUGCACAGAGGAGGAAGGGUUCGUUCGUGGCUUCCUGACAAGCUGGUUACCGGACUUGGUGACCUUGGAGGACGUGGCCGUGGAGUUCACUCCGGAUGAGUGGGCAUUGCUGGACCCUUCGCAGAGAACCCUGUACAGGGACGUGAUGCUGGAGAACUGCAGGAACCUCGCAUCGCUUGGGUAUCAUGUUGAUAAACCCAGUCUGAUCUCCCAGUUGGAGCAAGAAGAUAAAGUGAUGGCAGAGGAGAGAGGAAUUCUCCCAGGCACCUGUCCAGAUUUGGAGACUGUACUUAAGGCCAAAUGGUUAACUCCUAAGAAGCGUGUUUUCAGAAAAGAACAUCCUAAUGGUGUAAAAGCGGGGAGAAGUCAUCUUGGAGUGAAACUCAAUGAGUGUAAUCAGUGUUUUAAAGUCUUCAGCACGAAAUCUAACCUUACGCAGCACAAGAGAAUUCAUACAGGAGAAAAACCCUAUGACUGUAAUCAAUGUGGCAAAUCCUUCAGCAGUAGAUCUUACCUUACUAUUCAUAAGAGAAUACACAAUGGGGAGAAGCCCUAUGAAUGCAAUGACUGUGGGAAGGCCUUCAAUGAUCCCUCAUCCCUUAGAUUGCACGUGAGAAUUCACACUGGAGAAAAACCCUAUGAGUGUAACCAGUGUUUUCACGUCUUCCGCACUAGUUGUAACCUCAAAAGCCACAAGAGAAUUCAUACAAGAGAGAAUCACCAUGAAUGUAAUCAGUGUGGAAAGGCCUUCAGCACAAGGUCCUCCCUUACGGGGCACAAUAGUAUUCACACAGGGGAGAAGCCUUAUGAAUGUCAUGAUUGUGGGAAAACCUUUAGGAAGAGCUCAUAUCUGACACAGCAUAUGAGAACUCAUACUGGAGAAAAACCCUAUGAGUGUAAUCAGUGUGGAAAAUCCUUCAGCAGUAGCUUUUCUCUUACUGUGCACAAGAGAAUUCAUACUGGGGAGAAACCGUAUGAAUGCAGUAACUGUGGGAAAGCUUUUAAUAAUCUCUCAGCUGUUAAGAAACACGUAAGAACUCACACUGGAGAAAAACCGUAUGAAUGUAAUCAUUGUGGGAAAUCUUUCACCACUAACUCUUACCUUUCUGUGCAUAAGAGAAUACAUAAUAGGUGGAUAUGAAUACAAUCAUGUGUGAUGUUUUUGCUGUAAUCAUCUUUGUUGUAAACAUAUUUGCUGUAAGUAUUUUCGCUGCAUAACUAAUUGGCUGUAAGGCAAUUUUGCCAUAAAAGAUAAAAUAACUGGUUGACAGUUUGGUUUCAUUUUUGGUAAUUUGGUAAUGCCAAGUUUAUAUGUAAGAUAUAUAUAGAUAUCUACCUAAAACUGAAUGCAAUAACUGGGAAAGCCCUUAUCGAUAUCUUAUCCCUCAGACAGCUUGUGGUAACUCACACUAUGUGUACAAGUUAUCUGUUGCUGCAUAACAGAUAUCUAUAUAUAUCUUACAAGGAGACAAAUCAACAGGCAAACAGAAAUAUGCAUAAUCCUAUGAACGAAAGCCUUGGAGGACAAAUGCUUACCUAUCCACAAAAUUAAAUCAGUUGUUUGUGCAGUAUUGCCAUGAAGCUACUACACCAUAGUUUGUUUUCCUUGUUCAGCAUCGCACUUUCUUUUUUGCUAAAAUUUCUUCUUUCCUUAAGAGUGGUAUCAGUUUCCAAAUACUAGGUUGCAUAUUUGUGACUGAGCUUUGCAUUGUGUUGUGAAAUGCAGUAUUGUCACAUAGCCAUUCAUAGACAUUCCAAAGUUCUAUAGGAAAUGUAGGAGGGACGACUAUGUUUACUGAAGGAUUUGCAAACUGAUAUUUUUUACUAUAGUAUGGAAUCUGGCUUUACAGUCUCUUAUUUGUCCCUUUAUUUGUAUCUUUACACUUAAAUGUCUUAUUUUUCAACCAGUUCUUUCAUCUUUUAUGGCAAAAUUGCCUUACGGCCAAUUAGUUAUGCCGUGAAAAUGUUUGUGGCAAAGAUGUGUACGGUGAAGAUGCUUACAGUGAAACUACCUAGAACUGAAUACAGUAACUGGGAAAGCACUUAUUGAUAUCUUAUCCUUCAGCCAGCUUGUGGUAACUCACACUAGGUGUAGAAGUUAUCUGUUGCUGCAUAACAGAUUUCCCUCCAAAACUAGUGGCUUCAAACAACAUACAUUUCUUAUCUCACAAUUUCUGUAGGUCAGGAAUUCAGAAACAGCUUAGCUAUGUAGUUCUGGCUCAGGUCUCUCAUGAGGUUGCAGUCAAGGUGUCAGCUGGAGCUACCGUCACCUGAGUCUUUAUUGCUGAAGAGUCCACUCACAAAAUGGCUCACACAUGGCUGGCAAGUUAGUGCUGGUUGUUGGGAGGGAAGCUUCAUUUCCUUACCAUGUAGUGCUCUCCACAGGGCUAAGUAUCUUUAUGGUGUAGCAGCAGGUUCUCCUCAAAACAUUUGGUCUGAGGAAGAGCUAAUGCAGAAGCCACAUUGUCUUUUAUGACCUAGCCUCAGAAGGACAUGUUACCACUUCUUCCAUUAUUGUAUUGGUCACACAGGCCAAUCCUGAUACAAUGUGAGAAGAAACUACACAAGGUAUACCCAGGGGCAGAAAUCAUUGGAAACCAUAUGAGAAGCUUGCCAUGAAAUCACUGAAGAAAGGCGUACCCCUAUCCUUUCAAUCUAUUCGAUGAGAAGUAGCAUUCAGUAACUCUCAUGUUAAUUCCCUCUGGAGAGAAACCUCAUGAGUGCAGUCUUCAUGGUAAGCCUUCAGUUCAGACACACCCCAAUGUGCAUGAAAGAUUAUGUAUCGAGGAGAAACCCAAGGGAUGCAGUAGCUAUAGGAGAGCCUUCAGCAAUAUCUCCAGGGAGUCACAUGACAAUUCACACUACGGGAAAAACCUUAUCAAUAUCAUCAGAAUGCAGAAGCCUUCGGGACAUUCAUCCCUUAGAACACGCAUGAGAAAUCACUACGGAGGAACACUCGUGUAAGGAAUGUGGAAAACCCUACAGCACAAGCGUUCAAAUUACUGAGGAAAAGAAGGUGAGAUAUUCUGAAUGCAAUUACCAUGGGAAAGCCUGGUAUUUCCUCUCAAUUUUAAGAGACAUGAGUAUUCUGGAGAGAAGGUCCCAUUGAAUGUCGUCAGUAUUGGAAAACCUUUCAUUGGGAAGCCAUCAUUCACUGCAGAGAAACUUGUGACUAUAAAGAAUGAGGGAAUGCCUUUACUGAUAACCCCUUACAUUAAGAAAAAUAUGAAAUUCUCUCUUAAUGCAAAACCUGUGAGUGUGUGAAUUUUGGAAAAUCUUUCAGUGACUCCUGUUACCGUUGACUCCUGGGAACUUAGACUGAAGGGGAAUCCUAGGAACGUAGUCAAUAUGGGCAUGCCUCAGCCUCGGCUCUUCACGGAGUGGCCACAAAAUAAACUGGGGAUGAAAAGGGUAGACAUUAUGAGUUGGGAUUACCUUUAGUGGUGUCUAAUCCUUAGGUUGGACCACUAGCUCAUUAAUUUUCAGUCUUUUUGUUUUAGUAAAUGCAUUUGUCAAUAGCUAUACCCCGAAAUAAACCUUAAUUAUGUUACAUAGAUUUGUAUUUAAUUUGUUUAUCAUUUACUCUUUAAAAAUAUCAGUACACUGCAUAUUCAAAAAGGUAUUUCUGAAUAUCUCCUGAGUGAUUUUGUUUAUCUUCAUGGAAAUUAGGCUAUACUUACUGUAUACUUCUAAUUUAAUGGCAUUUUUGUCAAGUAUUUGGACUUUAUGAUGUCGAUUCUUUUUAUCUUUCUAUCCUAGUAUGGUAGUUACUUUUAGCUUCUUUCCCAAGGUCCAUGCUCCCUGACUUAUUUACUUAAAGAAAAAAAUAUUGUGUUCAAGUUGUUGAGCAGUAUUGAAAUGUUGGUGAAAAUAUUCAAUCUAUGAGGCUACCCUAAAGCCCGGAGAGGUGUUGUCCCGCUCUGCUGGCCAUGAGAAGUAGGUGGAAGUCACUGGGGGGACAUCAUCUGGCUUGUUCGCCUCUCCUGUUUCCUGUUCAUCUCACACAUUCUUUCUCUCCAAAGUGGACUCAAGGCCUAGAGUUGGAAGACCUGUAUUUUGAUCAUGAUGACAAAAACCACAGUGCAGCAAAAAAUCACAAUGCUAUAUGCUGCCUGAAAGCCUCUGAUUUGCUGUAUCAGCUCUGGACUGCUUAUUCCUAGACUUCUCCAUACGUGAUUAAAGGUAACCUCUAACUGGUUGAAGCCAAAGGUUUUUUUGGUUUGUUUUGAGGUCUGUUAAUGUCCAGCUGAAUGCAGUAUCUAGCUGGUAAACGUAUUUGUUAGUCAAAUUUUAUAAAUGCUCCCUAUUUCUUUGAAAACAAUGUGUGUUCACUAAAGUUUGGUUAUAGCGUCUGUGCCCAUUAAUUCAAGCUAAUUGUGUUUUGGGAUACAGUGUGUACAUUAAGGUUUUUUCCUCAAACUAAUUUAGUGAUGGGUGUAUAUUAAAGUCUUCCACUAUAGUUAUGGAUUAACAAAUUAUUAUUUGUAAUUCUGUCAUUUUUCUUUAUAUAUUUGGAUGUAACAUAACUAAGUACAUACAGGAUUAGGUAUUUUCUUGUGAAUU